ACCGUAUCCACCAAAUCAUAAUAGUAUACACAUCUCUUUCUUUUGACAAUUAAAAGCUUUUCACACACUUGGCCAAAAAUAAAAAAUAGAAAGAUACUUUCGUUUCACACAUAAAACACUUUUCCCUAAAACACAUUAAUCUCUGGAUUUACUUCCUCUAUACGUUUCUAUUCUUCAUCAGUAUAUACAAGAACCAAAUGAAAGCUCACGCACUCAUCUCAUAAAAAGAUAACAACAUAUUUUUCAAAGAACUCUGAAAUGGCAAACCAAAGAGGGUUACUACAUGUAGUUAUGAUGAUCAUCACUGUUUGGCUUCUUUAUGCAGCACCUAACAUCCAUGGCUGGGGAAAAGAAGGUCAUGAAAUCACCUGUAAAAUCGCGCAGGCUAGAUUGGAUGAAACUGCAGCGAAGGCGGUGAGAGAGCUGUUACCUGAAUCUGCAGAAGGGGAUCUGUCGAGCUUGUGUCUAUGGGCUGAUCAUGUCAAGUUUAGAUACCACUGGUCUUCUCCUCUUCACUACAUCAACACUCCUGAUGUUUGUUCCUACCAAUACAAUAGGGACUGCAAGGACGAAGAUGGAGAGAAAGGAAGAUGUGUUGCAGGAGCCAUUUACAAUUACACCACACAGCUUCUUUCCUACACCACUGCUGCUUCAUCUACGUCACAAUACAACUUAACCGAGGCCCUGCUCUUCGUGUCCCAUUUCAUGGGUGAUAUUCAUCAGCCUCUACAUGUGGGUUUUGCUUCAGACAAAGGAGGGAACACCAUCGAAGUGCACUGGUACAGGAGAAAAGCUAACCUCCACCAUAUAUGGGAUUCCAACAUUAUCGAAACAGCUGAAGCAGAUCUCUAUAACUCCGAACUAGAAGGAAUAGUGGAUGCAAUCAAUAAGAACAUAACGACAGAAUGGGCAGAUCAAGUCAAGAGAUGGGAGAGUUGCACAAAGAAGACAGCAUGCCCAGAUAUAUACGCAUCCGAAGGAAUUCAAGCAGCCUGUGACUGGGCAUAUAAGGGAGUAACUGAAGGAGACACUCUAGAAGAUGAAUACUUUUAUUCACGUUUACCGAUAGUGUAUCAGCGCUUAGCACAAGGAGGGGUGAGACUGGCAGCAACCCUCAACAGGAUUUUCGGUUGAAGCUGAGUUUAUAGCAUUUACCAGAUUUAAGAACUGCAUGUUGAACAAAGAAUGCAGAUUGCAAGCUCCAAAUACAGCAAAGCUCUUUAUUUAUCAAACAAAAUAAACAAAAAGUACCCACAGAGUUUCUUCAAA